GGUGUUUCUGUGCAUCAGUCGAAUCAGACACUCUAUCAUUCGUUGGAAACGUCAACCUAUCAGCUAAUUCUUACGUUCGACUUUUAGCCGAAAGGUUAUCAUACAGUGGAUCUACCUGACCAUGCAGGAAGGAUGUCUUUAUAAAUUAAUUAUAAGUUUCUUUGAUGAACCUGUGAUGAAUCUGAUGAAUUUCUUCUUUGAUGAAUUUGUUCUUGAACCUUUCUACCUGUUCAUCAAAUUGUUCUAACAGAGCAAGACAUUCAAGGUCAUCACACUUAAGGAACCUUCACAAAGUUAGGUUAGGUUCCUUAAGAGUCCUUCCUGCAAGGUACACUAACCUUAUCUAUCGUGCUACAGAACACUAAAGCAAUCGUUAUCAGGCAGUAGCCCACAAAAUGUAUACAGAUACAUAAACGAGUAAGCAAAGCGAUACAAGAUUCCAUAGGAAGUCCACGGGUGCAUGCCACCAUGCAUAUCGCGUAUCGAGUGCAAAGUAUAAAGAGAACUUCCUUUCGUUGAGACUUCGCAGAGCAAGAGCGAAAAGUUGAAGCAAUAAAUUAAAAUUAUGAUAUCGUGAUAAAGAGUUGCAAAAAUGUGUAUGUCGCGUUCAGACAAAAGAGGACCCAGUGCCGGAGAUGCUAUUUCGUGUUAUUUACAACGGUACUGUAUGGGAACGUUCGAACUCCUAUUAAAUACUUCCUUGUAUCGUUCUUUACAAGCUGUGACCUACGGACAUGUACAAAUGGUAUGUUACGAGUGUUUUUAAAGUGAUAGACACUGGUGAUUACUCGGCCAACGCCUGCUCUCAUAGUUAAUUCUCGAUAUCAACUUCAUUAGGACGAAACAUACGAAUAAGAUACAUUGUGCUUGCAUACGUGCUCGGCGAACACGGUUGGAUUGAUAAAAUGUUUGAACGUUCUAGCUUCAUAAUUAAAAGUAUAAUAAUUAUUUAUUAUCACUAACUUCAAAAAUAAAAUUCCAUUCCUAACCUCAAAAAUAAAAUUCUCAAUAAAAAGUCUGAAUUUGAAACUAUUUUGAAGUUCGUCCAUGAAAAACAAGAUGGACGCCAAGAACCACGCGUCGUUCGCCGAGCGGGAAACAGUACAUCUGCAAGACAGCGUAUAUACAGUGUGCCAAGCCCCUCGAAGAUCCUCCGACUGUUUUCGAGUUCCUGUUGCAUAGGCGUUGGCCGCGCGUUCCGAGGAUGCACAGCUCAGGGGCUCUUCGAGACGAACAGCCGCCAUUCGAGUAGGCACACUCGAUCAAAGUGCCUCUUGCUCGUAACCGUCUACCCCGACCACCUUCAUCCUCUCUCAAGCUCGAUCACCUUCUUACCUCGUCGCGCGAUAGUAAAUACACUCUAUCGCCCUUAGUGAACGAAGGUAUUUUUUUCUGGAAGAUGCUUCAUUGUAAAGAAUGUAGGCAGCCAUGUUGUAAUAAGGAUAUGCACUUGGAAACAUUUUUUAUGGAAGAUGUCUUUAUUGUAAAUGAUGUACAAGUCUUGAUAAGGACAAGCACUUGAAAAAAUUUUCCAUGGAAGAUGUCUUCAUUGUAAAUGAUGUACAAGUCUUGAUAAGGACAAGCACUUGAAAAAAUUGCUCAUGGAAGAUGUCUUCAUUGUAAAUGAUGUACAAGUCUUGAUAAGGACAAGCACUUAUAAAAAUUGUCCAUGGAAGAUUGUAAGCUAUGUAGGCGUCCAGUUUCCACAACCUAUCGUCGUUGGAAUAGAAACAUCAAUGGUUGCUGUAGAGUCGAGAUUCCGCUCGUCAUUUGGUAUGCCAUUAAUUAAUUUGGGCCUCGAGAGCCAGCCAGACGCGAGCGACUCGCAAUUAGUGUCAGAGAAUCAGAAUGCACGUGUCUGCCAACUGCUCACAAAUCGAAGAGACAUCGUUCCUGAUCCAUCGAAGAAAAAGCAACCGAAGAGCUUCGUUUUGGAACAGAAUUUUUAUGGGACUGCAACGAAGUUAAUCGAGUCCAAGUUGGCGAACGCAAUGCGGAAAAGCAGGACCUGGUGGUGGUUGUGCGUGCACGCGCACGCAAAACGGAACCUCUUGGAUCGUGACCCGCGUCACGUGACCUUGAUCUACUUUUUCCUCCCCCUUCCGCUGUUUCCUUCUUUUCAAUGAACGCUAAAGGGAAACGGUAGUACAUUUGGCUACAACGUGGCUUCCUUUAGUCCUCCAGUGGAGAACCAGAAAUUCCACAUUUUUGAUUUUCUGAAAACCAAACAUAUGAACCCUUUCCAAUUUUCUAAUUUCUACAAAUCCUCUGGUGUACAUCCUCUUGUGUAAAUUAAAAAGUUUAUAAGCCAGUGGUAAAAUGUUUGCACUAAAAAAUUUUAUUCAUCCAUAUAUUACAUCUUAAACUUAUAUCGUACCACACUGUACAUACAUUGUACAUUGUAUUAUUGUACUCAACAGCUUAAGGAACAACGAAACAACCCUACAAAAGACAGUCCUAAUUUGUAACAAGUCCUAAUUGAACGGUUAUUAAAUAUACGCUUCAAAAUUCCUGCCAUCAUUUAUUUAAAACAACUCAAACAUGAACACAAAAA